AUGGACGUUGAACAUGAAGAUGACCACUCCGAAGGUCUUUUUUUUGCUGGGUCUGACGACGAAGAACAGGGAAACGGAGCACCAAUAGGUAUAAACGAUUGCACUGCGAACGACUUCCAAGCAAGCUCUACGCGUGAAAAGCGUCUAUUUCUCGAUGAUAGUGAAGAUGAAGAGCCUUGUUUUCCUCAGCAAAUUCUAUCACCAAGAAAAGUUAUCAUAAACCACGGGGGUGAUGAUUCUGAAAGUGACAUAGAAAUCCCGUCAUUUGAGGACGUGCCUAGAGCGUCUAGCAAACGUCGUCUGUCACCGCCUUCUAGCCCAGUCCCCGCGCCAAUCCCUGUAGUAUCGUUUGAAUGCGCUUAUAUUGGGUCAUUUCUGGUCGGUAAUGCUUGGAGCACUGUCAAAGGGAAAGGAUACGUGAAGUCUGGGGACAAAAUUCGCAUAGAAAGGGAUGAGCCAGACGAUGGUAGUUCCUCACGAUCCAAUCCAGGAAAAGGGAACAAGAAGGAAAUACAGAUCAAAGGGAAAGGGAAGAAAAAGCAAAUAUCAAUUAGCACCAUGUUCAAGUCACAACCUCCCAAUUUCCUAAAGAAAAAGGUAGAUACUGUGGUACGGCUCACAAAUAGUCGUGGUUUCGAAUUUGGUCGCCUGCCUCAGGAUGUUGCCUCCUGGGUAUCAAAACUCUUAGAUCUGGGAAUCGUCGACUUUCGAGGAAGUACUAUGGUUGAUUGUCCUGACGUUUUACAUUCUGGCGUGGAUCUUAUCGUAUCGUUGUCCAUUUAUAUCCGGGCAUCUGCCUUUACAUCGCCAAGUACUUCAAAAGCUCAACACUCAAAGAAUCCAUUCAAGCAGGACCAAGAAAGCUUGAGUGAACAGACACUUCGAGAGCGUAAAAGCGCUUUAUUGUCUUUGUUUGACAAAAUUAGCCUCCGACCUCGAAGUGGAGCACAGUACAAGGGAGAUAUUAGGAGUGAUGAGGACAUUGACCAGGAAGCUAUAAAGUCUAUGACCCAGCCUCCCCCAAGUUCAGCAACAAAAAACAAUAGUGUCAAGAGAGAAGUCGUUGGCGAUGGAGAGGUAAUCGAAGUGGAAGAAGGCGAAGAAUUAUCCGAUAACGAGUUGGAUAUGAUUUAUAGAAGAGCACAACGACAUGAUCAGACAAUGGGCGAAAUGGAUCCUCCUGACACAUUUUCUCUCACCCUCAGAGGAUAUCAAAAGCAAGCUCUCUUAUGGAUGCAUUCCAUGGAGAGUGGGGAGGUGUCUGCGAGAGAGGCUACUUCUAUGCAUCCACUUUGGAGCGAGUAUGCGUUCCCAUGUGAACCCCACGAAGGCGUAAUAGACUUGACUGCUGACGAGCAGCCCUUUUACUUCAACCCAUAUUCGGGAGAGUUAAGCCUUGAGUUCCCCAAGGCUGAACGCCAAUUCAAGGGCGGUAUACUAGCCUGCUCAGUGGGAAUGGGAAAAACCAUCAUGCUUUCGGCAUUGAUCCAAACAAAUCGUGAUCCGGAACCAGAAGCACUUGACGAUACCGGCAAAGACAAUUCAAAAAUUCGUCAACUUAAACUUGAUCGUGCAUUCAGGCCAACAACCCACCAGAGAAACAAGUCGACGAGCAGGCCAUCAGCAACACUGAUCGUGGCGCCAACUUCCCUUCUAUCACAGUGGUCGGAAGAAAUUCAGCGGUCAAGUGAACCUGGGACUGUGAAAGUAACCGUAUGGCAUGGACAGAAUCGUCUCGAUUUAACUGCCGCAACCGAAGAGGACAACGAAAAUGACAAAUCUAUCAAGGUCGUGGUAACAUCUUAUGGAGUACUGGCUUCAGAGCACUCGAAAAUAUCAAAGUCGGGUGGACAAUCAGCAGUCUUCCAAGUCGAGUGGUUAAGGGUUAUCCUUGAUGAAGCUCACCAUUGCAAGUCCAGAGUCAGUAAGACAGCUCGUGCAGUAUAUGCUUUACAUGCGAGAAGACGUUGGGCAGUAACAGGGACUCCUAUCGUGAAUAAACUUGAAGAUCUGUAUUCACUGCUUAAAUUCUUGGGUUUCACUCCUUGGUCGGAAUACCCAUUCUUCCGCUCGUUUAUCACAGUACCAUUCCUCGCUCGUGACCCCAAAGCGAUCGAGAUCGUUCAGGUGAUUCUGGAGAGCGUUCUACUAAGGCGAGAGAAAAACAUGCGUGACAGUAAUGGCAAACGGAUAAUAGAAUUGCCUGCUAAAGAGGUUACUGUAGAAAACCUUCCAUUCUCCUCGUCAGAGCAAGCGAUAUACGAUUCCAUUUAUAAGGAUGCUAAAAAGGACUUUGACCAAUUAAAUGCCAAGGGAAUUGUCAGUCGGAACUACACCCACAUUUUGGCGAUGCUCAUGAGAUUACGACGUGCCGUCCUUCAUCCAGACCUCGUAGCCAGUCCUACCGAAGAACCAAACGGGAAGUCGAGGGACGGUGCCGUCGACGUGGAUGAGAUCAUGAGCACUGCUGCCGACAGCAGCCGCAGCAAGUUCUUUGCAGACAGCGUGCUAGCUAACCUUAAAGACUCUGGGAAUGACGAAUGUCCCAUUUGCCUAGAUGUGAUGGAAACACCUACGAUUAUACCAGAUUGUAUGCAUAGAUGCUGUAAGGACUGCAUCAUCUCCUAUUUGGAGGCUUGUAACGAGCGAGGCGAAGAAGGCCGUUGUCCGACGUGUUCAAGGGGUCCUAUAAAAGACCAUGAACUCAUCGAAGUAAUACGGCCCAAGGCAGAAAGCUCAAGCAAUUUGCUAGAUGGGGUGAGUGCAGUACCGGAGGUCGUUCUCAGGAGGAACGAUUUCCGUUCCUCCACGAAACUGGAAGCACUGGUGCAGAAUCUUCGGAGACUGCAAGACCAAGACCCGUGUUUCCGCGCUGUCGUGUUCUCCCAAUUUACGAGUUUCCUAAAUCUCAUCGAGAUCGCAUUAGAGCGCGAACGGCUGGCAUGGUACCGAUUCGACGGGUCUAUGGACAUCAAGAAGCGGAACCACGCCAUAUCCGAGUUCAAAUCUGCUUCUCGGGCGCCCAAGGUGUUGAUUGUGAGCUUGAAGGCAGGAGGUGUUGGAUUAAAUCUGACGAAUGCUAAUCAUGUGUUCAUGAUGGAUUGUUGGUGGAACGCUGCGACAGAGAACCAGGCCAUCGACCGAGUGCAUAGAAUAGGCCAAGAGAAGACGGUUUAUGUUAAACACUUUAUAAUCGAACAUACCAUCGAAGGGCGCAUCCUUCAGAUUCAGAAAAAGAAGACAGCUAUCGUGAAAGAAGCGUUUCGUGGCAAGGGACCCGGCAAGGCAGAUCCAGAGUCUUUGGAGAACCUUAAAGCCAUCUUUGGAGACGACUGAGCCCUAAAUGUCGAGGAUAAUAUCAAUCCAGGAUUGCCUACUUAUGAGUGAGAUAUCUAUCUAAUAUUUCAAUGAGUGUUGGAGGAUGCGGAAGAGUGCAAGACUGGUGUUUGCUACAUAUGCAAACAAGUGAUGGCGUGCAAACGGUACUGGGAUUGUAUGUAGUACAUAGUACAGCAAAAUCGUGGAGAAUGGACAUGUUAGGUGCUAUGAUAAAGUGAAGUCUUGGAUGAAUACAGUCCGAUACAACGGGGUAGAAGAAAUGCUAAUGAAGUGCGAAGUGAGUCGUGAAUGGGAGAACAUCAUCCAUAACGAAAUAAGUUAGAACGUAAAGAACUGGCGAACAACGGAAGCAAGGCCAUGACCUAGUGAGACAGACCGUCGCAGACUUAUGAAAACGAUCAAGACGAGCGCUUGCAGGAUGUAUGACGGAUAGAAAAUGCCGCAAUGCCACGGUCUGAACGAAGGACUGCUCCGCGUAGUACGAUGUCGUCUGUUCGAUGUGUACGCUGAAGUAGCUCGGCGAUCUGGACUGAGAAACCCAGCGGCUAUUCUGGCCACUCUGUUGUCUCGUAAUUCGGGACACACUUGAUCUAGGCCGAGCUCGCGGAAGAGUCUGCCUAGUUUUAGGGUUUCUUGCUGGCGCACGUGUACACCUGUCGCGUGGAUGGAGUCAGUGAGGGCACAUAUCCUGCCAUGCACGCCAUCAAAGCGGUCGUCCCACCGAAACGCGAUAGCAAGCGCCGUCCAAGCUGGAAUAGACCCAACGCCGCAGCCAACCUUCCCAUUCGGGAUAUACUCAAAUGUACACCCAAAGUCGAGAAGAACGGCAGAGGCGAGGGCUUCUAUGCUCUGCUUGCACUCAGAGGCGUAGUACGAGGACGGGCAAGCGGCGAGUGUUUGUGUGAGGGAGAGAGAGAGGUGGUGGGAGAGCCAGUGGAAGGGAGUGAGGCAUGUACCUGUAGACAGACGAGUUUUGAUAAGAGAUUCGUCUACGAGGCCGUAGACACCGACGGCUGGGACAGGCGAUAAGCUCAUUCUCGAGUCGACCCUCGCCUUGCCUUUUCCAUUAUCAACGCCAAUGUCCCAACACCCACAACGUGAGCCAAAAUCAGGCCAGUCCCAAACGUCAGCGCCAAAGACUUCCUCGUUGUAGAACCUGCAGUCGUCACAUAGCCCGCUAAUGGCGGCUUGCUCGUACGCUUUGAGGGCGACAGAGGAGUGGGCGAUGAGGGAGGAUGUGAGGGUGCGUUGGAGGUGGGAGCGGAUGCGAAUGAGGAGUUCUGGGGGGAGGGAGAGGAUGGUGGUGCGGUGGGAUAAGGAGGGGGUGCACCGGGACUUAAGGUGUAUAAUUUCAUCGAAAGUGGUAGCUUCUGGGGAGACAUAGGCCA